GCAAAAACUGAAGCGAAUUCCAGAGCACACAUCUUCAAUAUUCAACAAAAAUUAUUCUGCUGUUUAUUGGUGCCGCCAAUCUAUGUUUUCAAAAUUACUGCUCCAUGAUUUGAGAGAUCCAACGUAUUGGCGACACAUAGCUGUUGGUGGAGUUAUCCCACACGUUUUGGUGAUUUGGAACUUUAGGCUUGGAGGCGCAGUUCGAUAUAACCGGAAGUUUCAUAAAAUUAAAAUACUUCACCCGAAAGGAGGACAACAGAGAACCAGUUUUCGCAAGCCGUAAAAGUCUAUUACAGUCGUUUCUCAUAUGCAUAUCGACUCAGUUCGAGGUGAAGGAUCCUGUAUUAUAUGGAAUGUGUUACAGCACCACUUUCUUCACUAUAAACGAGAAUUAGGAACUGCUUGACUAUCCUUCCUAUUCCUGACGCCAGCCUAGAUGAGCAUUGCGUAAGAGCUAUGAUAGAAAAGACUAACCAUAUUGACCAG